AUGGGUUUUUCACCAUUGUUGCUUAUUCUAUGUUUGCUCCUAUCUUUGCCAUUUUCAUCUUCUUCACCACACAACAGUUUAACAAAAGGCUCAUCCCUGUCCGUUGAAAAACCAGAUGAAGAUGUUUUGAUUUCAGAAAACGGCAUUUUCACUUCAGGUUUUCACCCUGUUGGGGAUAAUGCAUAUUGUUUUGCAAUAUGGUUCACUGAGCUAUUGCACAAUGGGUAUAAAACCAUAGUUUGGAAGGCCAACCGAGACAAACCGGUGAAUGGCCGACGCUCAAAACUCUCCCUACUCAAAACCGGCAAUCUUGUCUUGACAGACGCUGGUGAAUUGUCUGAAUUGAAGCUUCGUAACGAUGGAAAUCUCAUUCUUCAGACUUUGGAUGGUGUAAUUCAUUGGCAGAGCUUUGAGUCACCAACAGAUACCCUUCUUCCUCAACAGCCACUCACCAAAUACACAAGGCUUAUUUCGUCUAGAAGCCAAACUAAUUACUCCUCUGGUUUCUACCAGCUCUUUUUUGAUGAUGAUAACAUCCUUCGCCUUGUUUAUAGUGGUCCUGAAAUCUCUAGUGUUUUUUGGCCUAACCCUUGGGAUAAUAGCUGGCAAGCUGGAAGGUCCACUAACAAUAACAGUAAGAUUGCAAUUCUCUAUCCCUCAGGCCAAUUCGUGUCAUCCGACUCAUUCGGGUUUUUAUCAUCAGAUUUUGGUACAGGCCCUCUUAGAAGAUUGACAAUGGAUGUUGAUGGCAACCUUCGACCAUCACUCAACCCUGCAACAUUCAUGGCAUUUGUGGAGCCAAUAGUCUCUGCACUUAUGCUCAUGAUUCCGGUAGAAGAUGUUCUUGCGGAGAAAAGUGGUUUUAUUCAACUUCGUCAUGUGGACUUUUAUGGUUUUGAUGAGGGCUAUUAUGAGAAUUACACCGUAGAGCAGUGUGAGAAGGAAUUCUUCAAUGGUAAAGGUUUCCAUCUUUGUUACCCCAAGACUUGGUUGUUUAAUGGAUUUCGCGCACUGGAUUUUAUAUCUACCAUGUAUCUAAGAGUACCUAAAACUGUCCUAGCAGCCCAUUACAAGCCUGUUCAAAACCUCAGCUGGAAUUGCUCCAGCCAAUUUAGCACACAGCUGAGCAGAACCUACAAGAAAAAGCAGGGAAACGAGUCGCUGAAGUUCAUGGUGUGGUUUGCUUGUGCCUCUGGAGGGUUUGAAUUUAUUGUCAUCGUCUGUUUUCUGUACUAUACUCGCCAACCCUCAGGUUCUGGUUACCUUCAGGUUGCAACUGGAUUCAAAAGGUUCACCUAUGCCAAGCUUAAGAAGGCGUCACGUAAUUUCAGUGAAGAGAUUGGUAGAGGUGGUGGCGGGGUUGUAUAUAAGGGUAUAUUGUCUGGCAAUCGAGUCGCAGCAAUCAAGGUUUUGAAAGAAGCAAACCAGGGAGAAGGAGAAUUCCUAGCAGAAGUAAGCACCAUUGGGAGGCUUAGCCACAUGAACUUGAUUGAGACAUGGGGGUACUGUGCUGAGGGAAAGUACAGGCUUAUGGUUUACAGGCACAUGGAUCAUGGGUCAUUGGCAGAAAAUCUAUAUUCCAAUAAACUUGAUUGGGAGAAGAGGCUUGAAAUUGCAAUUGGUACAGCAAAAGGUCUGACUUAUUUGCAUGAAGAGUUGUUGGAAUGGGUCUUACACUGUGAUGUGGAACCUCAGAACAUACGCUUGGACUCUAAUUACAAGCUUAAGGUUGCAGACUUUGGCUUGUCAAAGCUACUGAGAAGAGGUGGCAUUGACAAUUCAAAUUUCUAA